GAAAACAUCAAAAUUUAAUCAAUUAAUUAACGAAUUAAUUCCAUAAAGGCUUGCGAUCGGACACAUUGAACAUCCACCCCAUUCUUUCUGUCUCCUGUACAGUUUUAGCGGCACAUGUUCUGAACUUCCUAAGCAGUUUGGGAAGGAAGAUCUGCAAAUUUAAGAAAGGUAAUUGAAACUAGACAAGAAGGAAAGGAAAUCGGAAAUUGGAGAGAUUCCCUGAACUUCUGUCUCUCUCUAGUGCCGCUCACUGUUGUGUUCCAUUCUACAGCGCAUUGCAUAUGCCUUAAAAGUUAAAAGUGAAACAGCUGAUCUGAUACAUUUCUCUUCCCCACGGCAAUUUGAAGAUUUCAGGUGGAUUUUCUUUCAAGGCAUGUAAUCUACGCUUAUUGGUUUCUGGCUGGAACGGCACCGUAUUCUUUCGUUUCCCUUUUCUUGUUAUCUAUUUAUUCAUUUUGUGAAGAAAUAAACUGCAAUGGCUCACGUAUCUUUCGUUGAUCGAUCAGAUAGUUUAUAAUAUGGACUUACGAAGAACUUGAGUUGCGUUUCUUCUAAUUGAGAAACUGGAAUCUCCGAGAAAAUUUAUGUCGACCACUCACGAUUUCUUCCUGAUCUCUAUUUAUGCAGCUUGUUCGCCGGAUCACUUGAAUUUCCAUAAGAAGAAGGUUGACGCUGUUUGAGAUCGUUAGAAAUCACCACAUUUCAAUAUAUUUGCGAGUCAAAUUGGAUAUUUUUUUUAGGUAAUUUGACUUAUUGCGGGGAUACUUCCGUGUAGUUGAGAUAAACGGGUAGAUGCCAAUAGUUGGAUCAUGAAGUCGUCGAAUAUUAAUAGGGUUACUUCAGUUCCAGCUCAAGGAUCUUCCCCAAUGAACUAUCCAAAGACACUGUUAUCAAUUGUUUCUUCUGUUGGAGGCCUUGCCAUGUUCUUACUGCUUGCUUCCUCAUUUCUUGCUUCUCGACCUAAUGAGCCUUCUGUCCGUCAGCAUUUCUAUAGAGCUGAUAGUUCAAAAGAGUCUAUUGUAGUGCCUGGGAGAGAUGGAAUAGAUACAGACACCAAGCAUAGUAGCCCUGAUGUGGGGCCUGCAAGCGGUUUGAACAUAAGAAACUCAGGUUCAUCAGAAUCACAAGACAAAGAAUCUGGGGUUCAAUCUGUGAAUAGUAGUGUAAUACAAGGAAACAUACACUCAUAUAAUUCUAGUUCAGAGGAAGGGAAAAAGGAUGAGAGUCUUCCAUCAUCUGACCUCAAUUUGGAUUCAGUGACAUCUUCAUCACCUGCAAUCAGAGUAGAACGGCAGGCCAGUUCAGAAUGUGAUCUAUACCAUGGGAAAUGGAUCUUUGAUUCAACUGGACCAUUGUACACAAACAACUCCUGCCCCGUCAUAACACAGAUGCAGAAUUGCCAAGGAAAUGGAAGGCCAGAUAAAGAUUAUGAGAACUGGCGUUGGAAACCUGAUCAAUGUGACCUUCCUCGGUUCAAUCCUAAAGAAUUCUUGGAAUUAAUGAGAGGGAAGACUUUAGCUUUCAUUGGUGAUUCGGUUGCCCGCAAUCAGAUGGAGUCAUUACUGUGUAUACUUUGGCAGUUUGAAGCUCCAAAGAACCGUGGGAACAAAAGAAUGCAACGCUAUUAUUUCAGAUCAACAUCCACCAUGAUAGUCCGGAUCUGGUCAUCGUGGCUGGUCAACCAGACAUCUGAGCCGUUCGAUUUUGCUCCAGCGGGCGUGGCGAAACUCCACCUCGACGUACCAGAUGAUGUCUUCAUGGAAUUUGUUCCCCAAUUUGAUGUGGUCGUCCUUUCCUCUGGACACUGGUUUGCAAAGCAAUCAGUUUACAUCCUGAACAACGAGAUCGUCGGCGGACAGCUCUGGUGGCCAGACGAAUCAAAACCAAAGAAAGUCAACAAUAUCGACGCUUUUGGAAUAUCUGUAGAGACAAUUCUCACUGCCAUGGUCAAACACGCAAAGUUCAGCGGUCUAACCAUUGUGCGGUCCUUCUCACCUGAUCAUUAUGAGGGCGGGACGUGGAACACUGGAGGAUCAUGUACCGGAAAGAUUGCUCCGGCAGUUGACAGUGAGUUGGCUGAGAAUGGGUUUACUAAUGUGAUGCAUGAGAAACAGUUGGCUGGGUUUUCACGUGCCGUUAGGAAGAGAACUAACAAGUCGGCGUUGAAAUUCAUGGAUAUUACGAAAGUGUUUGGGUAUCGUCAUGAUGGACAUCCUGGGCCAUAUCGAAGCCCAGACCCAAAUAAAAUCACAAAAAGAGGGCCCGAUGGUCGCCCUCCGCCGCAGGAUUGUUUGCACUGGUGCAUGCCCGGCCCGGUUGACACGUGGAAUGAGAUGGUGUUUGAACUUAUAAGGAGAGAAUUUAAAGAAAGACAGGGUAGUACAUGAUAAAAUCACAUUGAAUGGGUUUUGUAGGAUACAACCAUUGUCCAACUACAGAUAUGUUUGUUUUUCACACUUGGUCAUGAAAUAAGAUCAUAUCAUUCUUUAGUUGUAAAUUUGUGCAUAGCCAUAACUCAUAAGGAUUUGUUUAAGAGAUAACUGGAUUUCGGGAAAAACUAUUGUCAAACAUAAACUAUACCAUAUUACUCUAACCAUCUCCUGUUCUCCUAUUUUAAUGUACUGUUAUUGAGUCUUA